GUACCUCCAUUAACUUGUCAGUGAUACGUUUUUUUUUUUUCGCGCAAAUUCCAAAUAUAUCGGUUGGCAUGGAAAGGACAGGGCGAGUGAACCCCGGGCUGCGUGUGAUUGGUUAAAUUGAAAAUUCCGUUAAAGAGCUUCCAAGCAUCUCUAUUGUUCCUUAACCAACUUGAUCACCUUGUUCGUUCGUCAUAGGUGGUGCGAUAUUUUCACAGCGCAAUUGAGAGAGAGAGAGAGAGAGAGAGAGAGAGAGAAAUUAGCCUAAAAAAACGAAUCUGAGAAGAACAAGAGGAGGAGGAGGGAAGAAGAAGAAAAUGGCUGGGGCUACGAGAGAAAGGGAAAGAGAUCUAGAGCUGCUGAUCCCGGUUGCCGGAGGAGGAGGAGGAGGAGGAGGAGGAGGAGGUGUAGGAAUCAUCGCCGAUAAUGGAGCCUCCAACUCCAAAUCUUCAUCUCCUUCGUCUUCUCCUGCCGCUCUUAUCUCCUCUUCACAUCAUCACUCCGGCAGAGAGGCAUUUGCUAAAGUCAUCCGCAGCUGGGCUUCAAAAAAGUUCAUGAGUGGAUGCGUCAUUCUUCUUCCAAUAGCCAUUACAUUCUACAUCACUUGGGGUUUCAUUCAUUUUGUGGAUGGUUUCUUCUCCCCGAUCUAUAAUCAUCUGGGGAUCAAUAUUUUUGGUCUUGGAUUUGUUACCUCCAUCACUUUCAUAUUCUUGGUUGGUGUUUUCAUGUCAUCAUGGUUGGGAGCUUCUGUUCUUACUCUCGGGGAAUGGUUCAUCAAGAAAAUGCCACUUGUAAGCUACAUCUAUGCUGCCUCUAAGCAAAUCAGUGCCGCAAUAUCACCUGAUCAGACCUCUAAUGCCUUCAAGGAAGUAGCUAUCAUAAGGCACCCUCGCAUUGGAGAAUAUGCAUUUGGAUUUAUCACAUCUUCAGUUGUUCUUCAGAGAAGUGUGGGUGAUGAAGAACUCAGCUGUGUUUAUGUACCCACCAACCACUUGUAUCUUGGAGAUAUUUUUCUCGUCAAUUCUGAUGAUAUAAUACGACCCAAUCUCUCAGUUAGAGAAGGAAUUGAAAUUGUUAUCUCUGGGGGAAUGUCAGUACCCCAAAUAUUGACUACAGUGAAUUCCCAGACCAUUCAAGCAACAAGGAUUGGCAACUUUCCAGCAGUGAAAGUAUAGAGCGGACUAUGAAUGCACUAGUCAAACAAGUGUUUCUGAGAACAUGUAGAAGCAUGAAAGUUACUAGCAGAGGCUGGAUUAGAAAAGGUGAUGACACUUCAUGCAUUCAGAUGAAUAGUGGAGAAAUCUGAAGUGAAGUGAAGAACAUCUAGAAAAUAUACAGGCACAAUUAAGGCAGCUCUUAUUAAUUGUUUAUAGUAGAUUCUCUCUCUCUCUCUCUCUCUCUCUCUCUCUCUAAAUAGUGCGUCCAUUCUUAUUUAUGAAAUAGAGAUUAUACUCUUUUUUUUUAAUUAUGAAAUAGAGAUUAUAUAAUUUUCAGGUGUUUAGAUUGAACUGAUUUGGCCAAGAUUAGAUUGUUAAAGUCUCAAACUUGACCAAAUUUCGGCCUGCAGUACAAAGUUGUAUAGACAUUGAACCUCAAGGUCUUCAACUAAUAUCUCUAACAUGAGAAAAGUUAAAUACAAGUAAAAAUCUGGUGUAUCUUAUGAAGAUUGAGACUGAAUGGUCAAAAUAUAUGUUUAGUUU